AUUUUUUAUGGCUUUUUAACAGCUUAUUUAGAUUUCUAUGUGUUAUUUUUUAUAAUUUAUUUUACUAUUUUUGAUAAUGAAAAAGGCCAAUAAAAUUAAAAUAAAUAGUAAAUACACACAGAACAUACAGAUAAUCAUAAGGAAAUACUUAUCAUCGUUCUAUCAACACACAUAACAAAAGCAACCAUGAAAAUUUUAUUGGGUAUUUCAAGAAUUAACGAUGUCCCAAGAAGAUUUGCUUGAACCAGUAUAUAAGUGCACUUUACUGAACUAUGUCAAGAAGAAUUGGAACGCAUAAGAUCAUUUGAAUGGCUAAAGAAACUACAGUUUCUAACAAAUAUGAAGAGAUAUUUCGUGCAACGGCAAUAAAAUAAUUCAAAAUUAUGGGAUAAGAAAUGUAUCGCAAGAACCACGCGUAUUUUAAGAAAAACAGUCGAUCGCAGCCACACAUCGGCUUUCAGCAUGAAUCAACUGCCGCACAAAAAUCUCGUUCAACUUAAUGAAGUGAGAUUCUCAGCGAAAUGAAGUGCCAAGUGCUCCCGGCAGCGGAGCUCAGCUACUGCGUGAAAUGCGUAGCAGUGGAGAGCGAGCGAGUCUUCGGCGAUGUGGUGGUGACUCGUCGCAGCAGUGCUGCCGAGCUACCGGCUGCCUAUCAACGUAGCCGGCAGAACCUCGUGCAGCAGUACCUCGAGGGUCCGAACUUCCUCGAGCUGAACCGACGGCGGCCGAUGAGAAGACAGAGCGCUGCUGUUGCAGAGGAAGGCAAGCGGGAUUCCGAACUCAAGUUGGUCGCUAGGAGCACCAGGUCCAAGUCGCUGAAUUUGCAAGGCACGUGGCUUGGUCCCGAUCUGACUGAGCACGACAGGACCCUAAAGACGUACCCAGCUGCACCUCUACCACCUCAAUAUCCGGCUACUAAGGAAAUUGUGGUAUCCUCUCUGGUGGACCAGCUGCUGGUGGACAUCUACGGACCGGCCGCGGCGAGCCUUUGUGGAAGCGAAUGGCGCACCAGGUCCGAGAGCGAGUCGACCAACUCGUCCUGGAAGUCGCGCCAACAUCAGCGGCCUUAUUUGCAGAGGACGCGGCUCGAGCUGAAAAGCAAGGGCGAGCUUCGAGUAGUGCUCGGAACGCUGCGCGACCACGUGAGUCACACGGGCAGUCUGCUGGUACGCCAGUUGCGACGACGGGAUUACUUGCUGGCAAGACGCGAGAAGCUCUACAAUGUUAUUACUGCUCACCUGCAGGCGCAUAGUAGCAAACGCACAUCAGCUGCAUCGAGUCUUGUGAGGAGCUUGCGUAACAAAUCGAGCCCAGGACAAAGAUGAGUCGGUGAAAAUGAGGUUCGAAAACGGAUAGAGGUAGAGGAAGAGCCGCGCCAGUGAGCGAACUACGCCCAGGAUGACAGCAGCCAUAAUCAGAGGAUGAGCGGAUUUUUCAACUCGCUGAGGAACCUCGCGUCUGGAGCCGCCAACGCUGCCGGCAAUGCUGCUUCGAGAUUCGAUGACGAUGAAGGUGAAGACACGAGGAUGAAAUUCAGCCUGACUCCUCAACCGGGAGAAAGUGGUUUUAUACAGUGGCUUGAUGCUAUGAAAAUGGUGGCCAAACUACAGGGUGGCAUUCCAGCUGAAUUUCGCAGAAAGCUGUGGUUGACUCUAGCGGAAAGGCAUCUGGAGCAGCGCGGCGUCGACUGGAAGCAAGCGGAGAAGCUCUGCUUCAACGAGUGGAGCAAUCCUGAUGACGAGGAACUCGGCAUUCAGAUCGUCAAGGAUCUUCAUCGAACAGGAUGCAGUCUGUUCUGCGGUGCUGCCGGCCGGGACAAUCAGGCAGUGCUGCGCCGCGUGCUCCUGGGCUUCGCCCGCUGGAACAAGUCGGUCGGCUACUGCCAGGGUUUGAACGUUCUUGCGGCGCUCAUCCUCCAGGUAGUCGACCGAGACGAGGCUGCCGCUGUCAAAGUGAUGAUCUAUCUGAUAGAGGGCGUCCUACCUGAAGGCUAUUUCGCAGACAGUCUCAGGGGUCUCUCCAUCGACAUGGCUGUCUUUCGUGAUUUACUACGCAUGCGAUUACCGAGGCUGUCCAGGCAUCUCGAGUCCCUCCAAAACGACGCGAAGGAUAAGGCUACAGUUCUUUCAGGAAGCAGUUACGAACCCCCGCUCACGAACGUUUUUACAAUGCAAUGGUUUCUCACCCUUUUUUGCCACUGUCUGCCUCAGGACGCUGUACUUCGAGUUUGGGAUUUGAUUUUCCUCGAGGGUGACGACGUACUGUUACGCACCGCUCUUGCCAUCUGGGAAGGAUUAUCAGAUCGCAUCAUGACGGUCACAUCUGCUGAUGAGUUUUAUAGUAUAAUGGGAGUGUUGACGAGGGAAAUGCUUGAAUUCACAGACACUAAUCAUCUCGUAAAGACUAUUGUGAGUAUGGGACCUCUUAAUGGAGUUACGAGUUUGAGGGAAAAGCACCGUUUCAACAUAACACCUUGGGCCAGAAGGUUGAGCGAUGAUGACGAUUCUGAUACAGAAGACGAUGAAAGACUUGCGGUGGCAGCAGCCGCAGCAAUAUUUGCGAUGCCUCGUAUGAAAAAAUCUGACCGAAAUUCUUCGUCCACAAACGCUUUGUCCGUUCAACCAGCUAAUGAUCGAGAAAGGCUAGCCUUGGAUAUAAGUACAUUGAAACAGCAUUACGCAAAAUUACGAGAACGCCAGAGACAAGCUCACAUCAUCCUUUCAGCCGCCUGCGCAAGACAGUCGGCAGUGCCAACUCCAUCGACAAGUCUGGCUAUGAACCAUCUGCUAGUGGGUAAGAGCGCACUGGUAAGCGGCAAGAAUAGGACGAUUGUCCCAGCAGCGCGAGCCAAGACUAUCACUGUAAUGCAUCCCAGUCCGAGGACCCCGGUUCGCAAGGAACGUCAGCAACAGGGUGUCACCAUCCAUUGGAAAGACAUGAAGAAGCGGAAGGACGAGCGAGAGGUUCCAGAAUCAGCAGCAGCUGAAGCAGCACUGGCGGUGGCGGCGUCGGCGGAGUCCGAGGUCGACGGCGCCAGCAGCAGGUCAGUAGCGCCAGCGGCCGAGGGGAUGACGACGGCGGCGGUCGUUGCGUCGACGAGGCGCGCCUCCUUGGGAUCCUCCGGCGGCGCGGCCGCCUUCGACAGCGACAGCGACAGUACCUCGACCGAGCUGUGCGACGAGCCGGACCGGCUCAGCGACGUCGACAGCGAGGAGCUGACCUCGACCUCCGAGUGCUACGUCAUGGCGAGUGCCGAUGAGGACGGGACGGCGCCCGCUACGGCCGCUGGGGCUACGAAAGCAGCUGAGAAGAGCGUUGCGAGUACGAGCGACCACCUCAAAGUCUCCAGGGAGGAGACAUCAAUCGCCGAGAUUACGGAUCAGAUACGGAGACUAUCAGCCGAUGACGCAGAUUUUAAGACCUCGUUAAACAGCGCUCUCUCCCUCGACGACAAAAAGACGACGACGUCAGCUGCCUUCCUCGACAUCGGCCGCCCCAAUGAGGAGAAGAGCAAACCGACGAUUCUGGAACCGUGUGACGUUGGCGUAAACAAAUCGAGCCUUCUGAGCUCGUUCGACAUCAACGAUAAGUUAACUCAAUUCGAGACAAAUCGGUCCUUUGAUGACAAUAGUACAGUGUUAACGAGUUGCAACAUGCCCGCGAAUCUCGAGGACGCACGAACUAAAGACGAGACUGAUACAAGUGCGACUUUGAGCGCCGAUGAGUUUUUAGCUUCAAGUGCGAAUAGAGUGGGGAUCGAUACAACAAACUUACUCGCGGACAGGAGUAGUGCGGAUGUUGACGUAUCAGUUCCUAUUGUCGCGAGAGGCGAUGGCGACGGCGGCUUAAAGAAGACGUCCUAUGUGAUAGGACACCUGCCCAUCGCACCGAUGAACUUCGAAACGAGAAAAGCUGUGAGCAGGAUAGCUUCGUCGCCGGAAGUUCUUGUUUCUAGAGAUGAAGUCGGCGUCUCAUUGAGGGACAGAUUAGCCCGAGAUAAUUUUGCGAGCAGUCUCGAUGCUUCCAUCAUCAAUCCUGACACGAAAUUCAGUAGUUUUAAGAUACAGCUGGAGGAUAAACGCAGUCCGAAGACACCGGAAAGCACCAAGUCCUUCAGUUCGGGCGAGACGAUGGGCCCCGACUCGAUAACAUCAAGCCUCGCCGUCAGUCCAAAAACGCCCAUGCGCUCGGACUCGCGUGAUUUCGUCCUCAGCGAUAAGUCUGUCGCUUCGUCCGCAAGCUCGGAUUCGAAGACGCUCACGAUGCGUUCGGUUGAGUCGGAGGCGGCGAAGAAGCCGUGCGAGACGCCAGGCGACAAGUCAGUGACGCCCUCGACGGACUCACUCGUGCAGCUCAAAUCGACGGAGCCGCCUUGCAGUUCAACCGAGUCUUUCUGCAGCCCCAGCAAGCUCAAGUCUUCCGAGAGGUCUUUUAGCUCAGAUUUGCAGUCACCCGUCAGUGCCAACUCGAUUAAGUUCACCGCGAAUUAUAGUUACAAGUUAGAUGACGAUUUGCAGAAGCCAUCGACGGAAAUUGGCCCUGUUACAUCGCCAUUUUAUCCGAUUUUGUAUCCUAAUCAAAAAACCCCGUCACCAUAUAGUAAAGAUAAGAGUAGAACAAACCGGGACGGGAUCGGAAUUGAUGAAUUUCGAGACGUUCAAGAACUACAUGAAAAUAUCUACAUUGAAUCGAAAACUCCUACUAACGCAUUUGACGUAUCGCAAAUUAGUACGUCAGAAGAAAACAUAAGUAUUAAAUUGUCAUCGGACAAUGACUCUUUUAAAGGUAGUUUGAGAAAAUUAUACUCUUAUGAACCAGAGGAGGAAUCGGCCGUAGUAAACGACGGAAUUAGCGAUAAGGACAAGGGUCGCACAUCAGCAUUUGAACUUUAUCAUAAAAAUAAAUUGGACGAUGAACUUCAAGAAACUGAUAUGCUUUCACCGUUACCACAUGGUCAAUUCGAAACCCGCAACGACGUCUUCGAACGCACUCGAGGAAAAUCACUAGACGGCAAGCUUGAUACUCUAGAGAUUACAGGAAAGUCCCAUGAACGCAGUAGCAGUAGCUUGGAGAAACGAUUUCCGGAUAUGCUGCUAUCGCCGUCAAUGGAAGAUUUUGCUAAUAGCGUCAAGAAGCGAUCGAGCGACGUUUUGGAAGAUUUAAGGCACCUGGAAGCAAAAACAACAGAUGGAGAAAUAGACCCUAGUAUGCUUACGAGAAAGACAAGCUUCAUUUGGGAAGAUCUGAAGAGCUUAGAAGCCCGUAGACAGGACACAUUCAGCGAUUCGGCUAGUGGUUUCUCCAGACAAAGAAUAGACGUUCCAGGUAUCAGUAUCUCGUCAGAAGGUCGGAAAACGUAUAUCGUUGAGCCCAAAAUUAAUAUCGACGAAAACAGUGACAGUAUACUGAAAUGUGUCACCUACAAAAGUUCAAAUGGCAUAAACCAUGAUGACGAUGACGAUGGCUCGGAAUCAAAGCUUGGAGUCUGGACGAAAGUUAAACCGCGCAAACGCAAUGAUAGUGGCCGCAGAAGUAGCGAUAGGGCUUUGAAAAUAAUCCAGGAAAAUUCGGCAAUACUUCAGAAGAUUUUGACCUGUCAAGCUAGGAAGCGAUUACCGGAUUUGGAAGAGAUCUCGAAAGAAAUUACAAUCAGUCCUAUAAAUGAGGAAAUAUCAAAAAUCUUCAGUCCUAUUCUCGAGAAAAUGGGACUCAACGAGCACGAAAUCAACGAGGAGCUGGCUAGGAUAAAUUUCAAGGAUCUUGAUCGUAAUACCACCACUACCACCGCCUCGGAAUUCGACGCCAAGAUCAAUGACGAACUGUCAAAACUUUCUUUAAUUGGUGAUAACGAAGAAGUGGCUUAUCUACCUGACGUAGAUGACAUAUCCUCUGACUACUUGGUUGCGAGGGAUGCAUUUAUCGAUCGACAGAUAAACGAGGAAUUAUCAAAACUACUCGCCAACUACGAACAAGAGUCGCCUAUGACUCUUCAGAAAGGCUCGUCUAGUCUUAACGCCAGCGAUGAUUUGUCAACGUGUUCAACGAACGUCUACUCCUACAAGUCAUCCAACGAUUCUUUAGACAUGAAGAGCGACCACAGCUCAAAGGAUCCCGUGCAUUCUCUCACUUAUCCAGAAAAACCGAUUCCAUACGUUCCUCGCAACAACUAUACAGCACCGCGUGAUAUCUCAGCAAAGAGUGACGUCGACAUAUAUAGAGAAUUAGAGAAAUUAGAUCAGAUCUCAUAUGCGCAAGCUUUACCUGCAGUUAGCGCAGAAGUAGUACAUCCAGAAAUCAUUCAGCCAUCGAUUCCGUACAUAUCUGACGUAAUACGAUCACCGAAAAUUGAUUAUUCCAGUAUAGUUAUUGAAAAACAGCCCACCUACGAUAUAUCCCCUUUAAAAAGUCCUUACGAUAGCCCUUAUUCUUCUACGAUUUUACAACCAUCUUACGAUUACAAGUCCAGGAUAUCACCGAGAAAAACUCCAAGCAAUCCAUACUCAGUUAGAUCUUAUGAUACUAAAAGCACUCUAGAUACUGGUUUUGAAAAUUCUACCUUUGAAUUGACAGCAAAGACAGCAAUUGUACCUACAACCCUCAAUUAUGAAUACGGACCUAAAAAACAUAUCUUAUCAAAGGAACACUUAGAAUUUCGCGUCAAGUAUGAUCAAGAAGGUGAAUUAAUGGGACCCGCUAAGCCAGCAACACGGGACAUCAGUCUGAAACUAAGUCCAUUUCAAACUGACAUCGUUGAAUUAGACAAGGGUGCCUCUUAUUACUCUAACAAGACAGCCAUCACUCCAACGAACAAAUACGCGUCAAAUAAGGAUGAUAAGGUGUCUAUGAAUUUGGCUUUGGAACAUAGUGCAUAUGAGCCAACAUACCAACGCAGAAAAUACGACAAUGUUUCCCCAGCGGAUAAAUAUCCUGCUUAUAGCACGAAUUACGACGUUCCUCGACAGCCUUACAAGGUAACAACUUUAGAGCCUGAAUCGUCAGAAAUAUUUACAUAUUUAACAAAUAGUACGGUUACAUCAUCAAGUCGACAUCGAGAUACGUAUGCACUCUCACCCCAUUAUCAGCCGAGCGAUUAUACAAAACCAGUAGCCAGUUCGUAUACGACAGUUUCACCCAGUUUUGAUAAUUCGCUGACAUCGGCAACGUCGGUACCGAAAUUAAAGAACACUUACGCAGAUGUGACGCCUACAGAUACCAUGAGUUACAAGAAGACAACACUGGUCCUUGGAAAUGUUGGAGAAACUAAACAAGUGGGUAACACUGACAUGAAGUGUACAUUCGAUGGCAGUCCAAGUCCAAAGUCGCUUGGAUUUAGUCCUUUUCCAGUAAGAAACGCUCAAAGGAAGCCUAAGGAGCUUGGCUUGAAGUUGGGAUUGUAUUCGCCAACUAAUUCGGCUCAGUCAAAGCGGUCUUAGUUCUAUAAUAUGUUAUAGUAAUAACUUUAAAUUCAAGCGAAGAAAGCACAACUACGGAGAUUCAAUUUUUUCCUCACAUAUUGACCUACUGCAACUCUAUUUAGAGGAAAUGGUAUUUCUUUAUGCUUUGUAACGCACGAAGUUAUAAGAAAAACUAUCGACAAUGUCAUUUUUUUAUAUAAAACGCAGACAAUUGCGUGUGUUGCUAUUGCUUGUAUGAGAGCCUAUUUUUUUGCAAUUGUCAGAAACAGCUAUAUACAAUUCCGUUAAAAUUACAAAAAUAGUGAUUGUUAAAGCUUUAGAGCAAUCGCGGCAUUUAUAGAUUGAAAUUUGAAACCGAAUCAAUGCAUACUUUUUUGAUUUAAAUCACAUUAAAAAUAAUUCGUAAAAAGUUUAAUAUGAACUUACAUAAGAGCGUGUACAUACAUUUUGAGAUAAAAUCUAAAGUACUAUAAUAAGUCAUUGCGAAUUAUUUUUAAUACGAAUUCUUAAAUAAUAUCUUUUGUUAGUCAACGUUGUAGACAUGGGCCUAAAUUGUUGUAAAGGAUUGUUAAAUGAAGAAUGAAUGUCAGAAGAAUUCAUAUGUUGUUGUCAGGUUCGUAGAACUAAGUAUUGAAAUGAGUACGAGAUAUCUUACUUGUUUGAAUGAGGGUAAAUUAAUAUUCAUGCACUAUGAAUAUUAUUUAUAGAUACAGAAAGUCAGGGGCGAACUAUUCUAGUGAGUUUAUGAUAUUGCAUUUGAAAUUGUAAAUAAUAAUGAUAAUAGAAUGAAAUAUUUUUAGAUAUUACUAAUUGUAAUGACUUAAUUUUCAACUCAUUGGGGGAAAAAUAUGUAUGAAUUUUAGAGGCUGAAUCGUCCCUGAGCUUUUCUUCAGUCAUUUAGGCUUUAUUUGCUUGAUCAAAACCAAUAAGAAAUAUCUCUAGUUCGCAAAGACUUAAUAGUAUCUUUUAUACUACCUCUAAUCUCAUGCCCCAAGCUUCACCAAGCUAUUCUUGAUUUGAUGCAUAGCAAAAACCGAUUUUCACAAAAUGAAUUUUUAGGAUAUAAACGUUAAAAGUAAACUUUUAAUACUUUACAUAAAUGGAUUUUUAAAAUCGCUACAUGUUCGCUUAUUUAUAAAAUAAAUCAACGCUUAUACAAAAAUUGUACACCCGAUAAUACGAUAGUGCAAAAGAUUGUAAAAUUCAGUUUGACAAUGUAAAUACUUUAUUUAUCAGUCAAUAGAAAAUCAAUACUUGUUCGAUCGGAAGCCAUGAAGUUGCUGUAAAAUCUACAAUUUUGUACAUUCGUAAUAUUUUUUGGUUUAAUUUUCAUCAUUUUUCUCAUCCAUCGAUAUUUCAUACAGUUUAGAAUUUUUUCUCGUUCAAUUGGUAAAAAUGCAAAUGUUCAGUUCUCAGUGAUUGUCGUGGAAUAAAUAUGAUAUACAUACUAUCGUAACAUAAAUGGAUUCGACGAUAUAAAAAAUCUUGUGCUUUUACUUGUAAAAAUGUUAUUUUGUGUAUAUUUUUGAAAUAUCACAUAUUCAAACAUUUGUCACUGAAACGAAAAUGUUAGGCUCUCGCUCACUUUGUGAAAUAUUAUAAAUAUUCUUUCAUUGAGACUGUGUGUAUAUUCUACAGAUUUAUUCCAUUAAAAUCUACUUCGACAUAAAAUAAUUAUAAUCUUGUGUCAUCAUGUAUAGAGCUUCAAUAAAGCAGAAGUUACUAGUGGUUUGCGUGCAAUUUAUAAAUAACAGGUGCGUUUGUUUUGAACAAAGUUUUGUAAUUUUUGUAUCCGACAAUAAGUAAAUGAACGCAAACGUCGAAAUGAGGAAUAGGAACGAAACAUCGGAGUCUUUUUAAAAACAUAAAAUGCAAUUACUCUUUCUAGCCAUAUGUACGUUGAAUAUUAUAUACAUCACCUUAAAAUGCACAUUUAAUAAUACUUGCACUUUCCUGUUUCUUUCCGUUUGAUCGACAUUUCAAGUUGGAAAUCAUAUGAUGAAAGUAUCGCGACACUAAAGUCGCUUGUAUUGAAGCAAAGUUUGCACAACAAAAUGUUUCGGUUUAGUGUUUUACUUGAAUACUUUUUAAAAUUGAAUUAUCCUGUAUAGCUUAUAUUAAUAUAUUAAUAUGCAAAUAUAACAUGUGCCGUUUUAGAUUUUAAGACAUUUAAGUUUAAUAUGUUGAGUGUAUGACAAACUAUGGAAUUUUUCGCACAUUUAUAUCCAUUUAACGAUAAUGGAUAUAGUUACGCUAUUUAUAAUAAAAAGUUGUUAAGACAAUUAAAUAUAAGCAAUAUACAGUAUUCAGAUAAUUUUUAAAAAUAUAGGCGCAAGAACUUUGAUUUUUUCUUAGUUCGGUUUAGUAUUAUUUUUUAUAGUACAGUGUGGCUAAAAUCCGCUGUUAAGUCACGCCUAUCUGUGACUAAAGUAGUCCUUUUUUGCACCGUGUUUAUCACACUCGCUACGCUCGUACCUCACGGUGCAAAUAAGGACUACUUUAGUCACGAAUAGGCGAGACUUGCGGACUUUAGCAGUCUGUGCUAUAAAAUUUUAUACGAUACUCUUGGCUUAAAUGGUUCAGUUUUACACGGCGCUUAGUGCCCUCGCUACGCUCGGGUGCUAACUGCGCCGUGUAAAAAAGUACCAUUUAAGUCACACGUAUCGUAAUGUACUAUUAUGCCUUAUGCAAAAUAAUAAAUUAUUAAAUCAUUAAACCGAAACAAUUGUAAUGCAAACUUCAGGAAUAUCAUGAUUCUACCCUGAUAUAAAUAUUAUAACAUGAAUCAGAUUAAUAUACAAAUCUAAUUAUAGCAAAAAAAAUGUGAAAAUAUAAGCUUAACGCGAAUUCAAGAUUUUGUCAGUUAAAUGAGUUGAUAUUUCAAGGUCAUUAUUAUUGUAAAUAAGAUACAAAACAUGAUAAUAUAUUAUAGAUACAUGAAUGAGUGGCGUUGCCGAUACAAGACUGUACAUUUCGCGAAGAGCGUGUAGAAUUGUAAAGAAAUUUAACGAGGGAAGUAUAUAAAAUAAAUAUGUUGAGAAAGACAAAA